CCCUCCCUCUCUCUGUUACUCUCAUUUCUGGUCCUAAAAUCAGGUUAGUGUUUUAUAAGGAGCUUAGCGCAGAGGGGCACAGUGUGCUACUAAUGUAAUAGAGUAUCUCUCUCUCCCGCUCUCUCUCUCUCGCCCUCUUUUCUCUUAUUGUGCAUGUUGUCCUCGUCCAACCAUGGAGUGACCUUCUCUCCCUCUCUCUCUCCCUCUCUCUCUCCCUCUCUCUCUCCUUCCACUCGCCCACCCCGUCCUGUCUCUCUCUGCAGAUGUGGACGACAAGCCUGCAGGUUCAAACAUUGGGACGGUGACAGGACAACUUGGGGAGGGGGGGACAAAAAACGCCAAGAGGGGGUCCCAGGACGGCUUGAGGCAUGGAGGCCUUCUGGGGAGAUGCAGAGGACGGUAGUGAGGACAGCUCAGGACCCAGGAAGUCCAAAAUAAAGUCCCUGAAGUCUCGUCUUUUCGGGAAGAGUAAAAGAACCGGCGAGGAGUUCAACGCCAAACUCAGCCAGUCGACCAGUGACAUCCACGCGGGAGAGACACUCGGCUCGGAGGAAGAUUUAACAGGCCCCCAAGGGACGAUAGGAUCCCGAGCGCUGUCCCACGACAGCAUCUUCUGGGCCGAGGACGACCUGACAGACGAGGAGCCGGCGAAGGUUUCAUCACAGGAAAACGUUCACAGCAAAAUUAAAGCUUUGCAGAUGAAGCUUCAGCAGCAGAAGAUGCAUCUCGGACCUCCUCCCCUGGUUCUGCCAGUCAGGCGCCAAGAGGAUGUAGGAGGCCGCUCGGGGGACGGCUUUCCCCCUCAUAAGCUUCCUGUGAUCUAUGCAGCGGGGGACAUUACAAGCCAUGGACCCCUCAGCAAGAACACAUCGCAGCCAAGCUCACGCCCGCUUUCGCCCAUCUUCAAACCUCAAGCCUCUAAAUCCAGACCCAGCACCCCAUCGCCGACCAUUACCUUCUCCACCGCCUCUUGCGAGUCCCCCCUGGACUUCAGUUCCCCGGCCCUGUACAUCUCUUGCUUGGACACGUCCGCAGCCCGACACCGGAUGUCUGUCAAGCCGCGAAACCAGAGGGCCAGCACCAAGAGGAGGGUGGUGGAGGUGGACAACCUAAACAACCACGCAGAACCCGUGCUGGAUCUUAGCUUUAAGCAGGAUGUGAUGGAAAAUCAUGGAACCAACGUUUUUUGUAGAACAUCUCAACAAUUCCUUCCAAACUCCUCAAAGAUGGACCCUCUCCAAACAGAGGCCGCACCAACAUCUUCUACUCUACCAGACCAAGCCUUACCUGGAAGACUAUCCCCGAUAUCCUCCCGGGUUCUUCAAGUCAAGCUUCAGAGACAUGGAGUUGGAACGUCAAGCGAAAGACCACAUCCCUCCUUAGAACUGAAAGGAACAUCAGAAGAUUCCGGGUUUCAAGUCAAGACCCAUGACAAGACCAGCACCCUUGGCAAGACUGGAUGGACUGAUAUAAAGGACGUCUCCACUAGCUGUGGAUCAACGGUGGCCAAGUCCUCACCUGUUUGUCUUCAGGAUCAAGCUGAAGCAGAUGGCAUAAGAGGGAUAAAAAGGCCCGGAUCUGGAUCCUUCCAUUUGUCCAACACUUAUGCCAAAAGCCGCACUGAGGUCAGACCCCGUUCGGGCAGUUUUGUGGGCUUCAUAGGGCAAGCGAGACACAAGACAGGAGCUGAGAAUGUAGCUCCUUCAAGCCAGGAGGAACUUAAAGAUCCACAACCCAGACAGAGACCCAUAACGGUGGGAAGACUUCGACAGGAGCAGAAAAGCUCUGUUCUUCCCUGGGAAAGGGACAAUCUGAAAACUGUGGAAUCGGCGACAGUUCCUAAAACCGUCGGUCCGUCAGAGACGGCGGAGGCAAAGGAGGACGUCCAGGAAGAAGAAGAAAAAGAAGAAGGAAAGACGGUGUUUGGCUUUAAACUCCGCUCAACAUCCAACUCCAUGAGAUUCUGGUCCGACGGCUCUUCCAGGCGUCAUUCCAAGAUGUCUGAGGAGAAAAGUGGAGCUCUGAAUACACAAGAAGGUGGCGACGCCAUCGACGUGUGCAAAAAGGGCUCUGUGGGAGAUUUCACAGUGACAGGUGAAUUUACGAUAACUCCCUUUUCUUGCCCUCUAAAAACCGAGAUCGACAUCCUCCCCUCCAAACAUCAGAAACUAAAAAAAAAUCAAAAUCCCCCACGCCUACCUCCCACCUGGCCAGCAGAAGCCCCAACAGUCGUCUCCUCAAACCCGUCUGCGGAGUCUCAGUCUGCGCCACAGACCGCUUCGUGCGAGGUGUCCUGGAUGAGUCUGGCGAUAGAAAAGACCAGAAGCCUCCAUCAGCUUUUUGCAAAGCGGUUUCCCAAGGACUUUACUGGAGGGCAGUCCGCGGCGUGUCCACAAACCCCGCCCCAGCCGCCAAAGUCCGGCGAGGUCCUUAAUGGGACACAAAUCCACUCUCACACUGUAAGAUUGCAAGAAUGUGUAGAUGAAGGUGGUAAAGGAGAACCGGAGCAAAGUAAGACAACAAUGAAGACAUGGAAAGAACCAGAAGUCCCACAAUGGGCGACACAAUCCCCCUUGCAUGCCGCUGCCCAAAGUAGACCAUCCCUCGCACAGUCUUACCCUACCUCAAGCCCAUCCUUGUGCAACUACCGAGGUCUCCAGCCGGUCGCCGUUUUACCCAAAUCUACGACAACGUCAGCCCAGACGUGUGCCUCCUCGUCCCCUCCAGUGGACGAGGAGAAAAGGACGGUGCUGGAAAAAGAGAGUCCAUCGCUGCUGGGGAAGAGGACAGUGUGGGCGGGGUCGGUCAGCGAGAAGGCCGCCUUCUUGGAGAAACAGGCAGAGUGGACUACUGGAGCUAAAGGGGUGGAGCUGAGGAAACCCCAAUCGGAAACAUCAAAGGCAUCUGGUGAACCCCCCGCACAGACGAAACCCCAAAGACAAGAGACUCUGAGCCCCGCCAGAGUUCCCCGUGAGGAGAAGUGGAUGCGGAAAAACCCAGGGUCCUCGUCGUCUCCUUCUUCGUCACCCGUACUUCCGUCUCUGCCUGACGGCAGUCAGCCUUCCUGGAUGGAACUGGCCAAGAGGAAGUCCAUGGCAUGGAGCGACAAGACUAUGGACUGAGGAGGGCAACACAAAGUGAAUACACUCCCUUCACAUUUCAACAACUUUUUGUUGUCAACUUGGAUAUACUUUAGAGUUGUCAGUGAACCGAAGCUCCUAGGUGCCGGCAGCACUCAUGCAGCCCCAAACCAUGAUGCUACCACCACUUCACUGAAGCAUGACACAAUCAUCUUGGCACUCACUUGCAUUGCCAGAUGUUUAGUCAAUAAUAGCUUGGUGUAAUUUAUAUUUUUCAGUGGAUCGUAAAUCCAUACUACUAUGCAAGUUUUACGCUGGCUACUCUAAAGUAUGUCCAAGUAUUCCUUCUAUAGUAUUGUCCAUUAGGAAAUAUAAUAAACUAUAUGCUGAAAUGUAAGGGGUGUGUUCACUUUUGUGAGACACUGUAUUACGACAUUAUUAGGUGAAUUACUAAAACAGGUACUGCAAAUAAGAGGAUGUUAAAACAUUCUUGAUUUAUUUACGAUACGUCUGUUUUGGUGAACCACACCUUGAAACACAGGAUUAUUUUUUUAACCAUUUAAUUCAUUUCUAGGGCUGUCCAGAAGGCUUGUUUAUUGAACUGUAAUAUACUGUAUAUUUUGUAUGUUAAUUAUCGUGUCCUUUAAAAAAAAUCCACUCCACCACUUUAAGAUAUAAUAUACUAUUACUGGAUGUGAUUUCACUCUUACCAAAAUUAUGGUUGUAUAAUAAAACAAAUAUUGAUAUUUACUUAUGUCUGUUCCAGUGUGUAGAUGAAGCCUUUGAAGCACAACCCCAGCCACACAUUGUUUUAUAUUCUUCAUAAUUUAUAAUAUGGUCUAUACCAGUGGCUCUCAAACAUUUUACACAAAGCACCACCUCAGAAGACAAAUGACCAACAUUAAAAUACAGUACCGUAAUAGGCCUAAGUAUUCAUUAAAAACAAGGCAGAGCAUUUAUUUCAAAAGUGUAUUUAAUAUUUUGGCUACUAUAACUUUACACACAGUUUGAACAGUAACACUGAAUAUAGGGAAAUAAAAUGACUUUAAUCAAGUGAUUCUUUAACGUACAACUAUAUGGAGCCUGCGUACCACUAGUGGUACAUGCACCAC